AGAGAGAAUCUGUGAUUUCUAAUUUAAAGAAAUCUACCAGAACAAUGAACAGCCUCUACUUGGUCGGGGGGAACCUCGUGGCUAACGCCGAGCUCAGGAAAAGGUUGGGAGGCAGAGACCCAGGGGUCGAGAUACAGAUGGUCGUGGAGGAUAUUUUUGCAGGCUGGAAGAAGGAUGAAGCUGAGGUUGAAACUGAAGAGAAAAUUGUGAAAAAUGAUGAUUACAUUCAGGAAAAAUUCGAAAGAAAUCAGCUGAAGAUCACUUUGAAAGUGUUUUUGCAUGACUUUAACGUUGAUAAUCUGAAGAAAGCAGUUAAUGCUGCUCUGGAGCAGUUGAAGACAGAUCAUGUUGACAAUCUUUUCAUUGCUGUUCCUACAGAUGCAGUACACGUCAUUGGUAUUGGAAGUGGGACGGGAACCGGAUUAGUACACACUGAAGCUCUCUCCUCCCUGCAGAACGUGUGGAGUGUGGUUGAGGAAAUGAUCGGAGCAGGACGGGUUGGAGGAGCUGGACUCUGUGAUCUUCGUCCUUCUGCAUUUAUAUCUUUGUACAAUCAAGCCACAGUUAAACCAACUAGUAUUCAGGUUAACCUGAAGAGUUGUUGUGUAGUUCCAGAGGAACUAACUGAGUUCGCUAAACUUAACAAAGUUACUCUUCUCACACACUCAGAUCCAGAGGAGCUUCUUCCCGAGGAUAGUUUACGAAUCCUUCUGUAUCCUCAUCUCCAGAGAGAAGCAGGACAUUUCUCUGCUAACUGGAUAUCCAGGUAUCUGGUUCAAGUCAAGGACAGAGGAGUACUAAUGGAUAAAAGAUAUUUGAUUCAUCUUACAAAAUAAAAAAAUUAUUGUAUGUUUAUCUACUUUUGGCAUUCUAAUUGCCUAUUAUUUUUUUUUGCUAUUGUGCUGUAUAAAUACAGUUUUUGUAUUGUUUUAUCAACAAAUGUGAUUUGAAUUUGUAUCUUAACAAGAUCUGAAAUUUGAUAAUAUAAAUCUAUUCCCGGUA